CCAAUGUAGCCAAUGAAUGUAGGUAGUUAGCUACGUGUACAUUUGUGUUUAUAUUCCUUGGACAUGACAGCCAGCCAUAGAAGCUAAGAUCAGUGGGCAGGAAACAAUUUUGUUGCAUGAACUAUCGACCAGCUAACAAAGGCAGGAGCCCACUAGAUAUAUUGAUAGCUAGUUAGCAAAAAACAGCUUGGGAAUUGAUCAUAAUAAUAACGGCUAUCUAUAGAGUUAGCUUGGUUGUCAAUUGCGCUACUAGUGCUCAUUUGAACAAAUGUGAAAUGUGGUAAUAUUAGCUAGCAUUGUCAUUCUUAUUUUGCUAUCAGAAAUCUGAUUUGUUAUCGCUCGCAGGAUUAUUUUACACAUUGUUUUGUAAAUUAGGCUAGCUAUCGUUGCUAGCUAUCUGUCACCUGCAUUAAACUACUAUCUAUCAACAAGGAGAAUAAUUUACAACCAUGGAAAAAGUCACGAAAAUACUGGUUCAUCUGUCGAAGAAUGUCGCACCGCAAUGUGCCCGUUUUGCACAGAGCAUAACAGGUCAUUUUACAGAGACUCUUGAUGAGGUGGAGGUGAAGUGUUCUUUGGAGAACAAUCGCUUUACACUGUGUGAGUGCGAGAAGGGGAGAGGAAUUCCGCUGAAGAGGGCAACCUUUUGCCCCUUCAAGUAUCUCUCUGUCGCAGAGGCAGCUGCAAUCCCAUUGGAUGUUCAGAGCCGCGGAGUGGACGUGGGGGUUGCUAUUCUUCUGCAGUCAGCCAAUCAGAAGGUGUUGUUAACUCGACGGGCGUCCAGUCUCCGCAUUUUCCCCAAUGUGUGGGUUCCACCAGGUGGCCAUGUGGAACUGGAUGAGAGGCUCCUGGAUGCUGGGCUGAGGGAGCUGAGGGAGGAGACAGGACUGAAGCUGGACCCUGGAGACGUCUCAGCUCAGCUGCUGGGGCUCUGGGAGUCAGUUUUCCCACCCAUGCUGAGCAGAGGGAUGCCACAGAGGCACCAUGUGGUCACCUACAUGCUCUUAAACACCUCCCUCACACACCAGCAGCUCCAGGCCUCUCUGCGCCCCGAGCCUGCUGAGGUCAGUGGCUGUCUGUGGGUGGACGCCUCGCUGGUCAAGGCCAUCGUAUCCGCUGUAGAUGGAGAGGAGGGUUCUGUGACACCGCUGGAGGGCGUGGCUCCAACCGUAAGGUACAUCACAUCCACAAAUGUAUCGGAGGUCUCUCCGGAAGGUGUGCUCAGUGAGUCAGAUUUGCCAUUGUCUGUUUUGUGUAACCGGGCCCCGAAUAGUGGAGAGGAUGUGGAGCGGGUUAGCACUGGUACCAAAUACGCCCUGGAGCUCUGGCUUAAGAACCUGGAGGGACAGGGGACCCGAUGUUAACUGUCUUCCCUAAACCUGGAUGUCUAGCCCUGUGAUAAAGUGACUUCCUGGAGGAUGACAUCACUUCAAGGAGUUUGCCUUAACCGGUGAAGGUCACCUAAAGUGAAAUAUCAUCUUUCAAAAAAAUCUUGUACGUAUUAACCAAUAAUGAACUUUGGGUGAACUAUCCCUUUAAUAUCAGCAGCAACACCUACAAGUCUUAUAUGGCUGUUUGAGGGCUUUGAAUGAGCUAUCAAUUGUGUUGUGUGUAAGAACAGUUUUUAUUGCAAGGGUGUUGUUAGUGAUGAAAUGUUAUGAACAAAGUGGAUUUAUACUGCAGAUGCUUUUAUGAUCAUUAUAUUCCAUUUGCGCCUUCAAGCCACAAGAUGGCAAUGCAUAGCCUACACAGUGAUUUCACAUUUGGAGACUAGUGUGAAACAUCAGAAUUCUGAUUUAAGUUUACAUAAUUAUCUAGACUUGUAAAUAAGAAUGUCUUCUUAUGAACUGACUCGCCUGGUUAAAUAAAAAUGUAUAAAAAUAUUUUAUUUUUCUAACUGAAAUUAUUUUCCUCGGCCAGCAUAUUUACUAUUAUUAUUAUUAUUAUUUUUUUUUUUUUACUAUACUCAGACAGAAGUUAGGUCUCAAGAUAGGUUAGGUCUUCAUUGUAAAUAUUGUGUUGUACUUUCAACUGAAGAUAGUAAAUAUUGGAUGUUUGCAGUGAUUUAAUAAUUCACAUUUAAAGACUACAUUUUUAUAUGCCAUGA